UGAUAAACAUGUUACGUCCGCGCGAAAGGAGAUCGUACGACGUGCGUCAACCGAAAUCCCGAGCUGCCGCAGCUACCAAAUAAGUCCGCGCGCGCGGCACGAAGAUGGCCUCGUCCACGAGGAGAUCCUGGAAGCUCCAGGAAUUUGUCGCCCAUACGCCAAAUGUCAAUUGCUUGGCGUUAGGCCACAAAUCUGGUCGUGUCUUAGUAACUGGCGGUGAAGAUAAAAAAGUAAACCUAUGGGCCGUUGGAAAGCAGAACUGUAUUAUGAGCCUGAGUGGCCAUACCACUCCCAUAGAAUGCGUACGCUUUGGCCAAACAGAAGAUCUUGUAUGCGCUGGCUCACAGACAGGUGCGUUGAAGAUUUGGGAUCUGGAACAUGCCAAAUUAGCACGCACACUAACAGGACACAAAUCCGGAAUACGUUGCAUGGACUUCCACCCUUACGGGGAACUGCUCGCUUCCGGGAGUUUGGAUACAGCGAUUAAAUUGUGGGAUAUUCGCAGAAAAGGCUGUAUCUUUACAUACAAGGGACACAAUAGGACUGUGAACAGCUUAAAGUUCAGUCCUGAUGGACAGUGGAUCGCCAGCACUGGAGAGGAAGGAAUGGUUAAGCUGUGGGACCUAAAGGCCGGUAGACAACUAAGGGAAUUUUCAGAACACAGAGGUCCGGCCACAACCGUUGAGUUUCAUCCGCACGAAUUUCUAUUAGCCAGCGGUAGCGCCGAUAGAACGGUACACUUCUGGGACUUGGAGUCAUUUCAACUCGUAUCUUCCACAGAACAGAGUUCUUCGGUCAUACGGUGCCUGUACUUUAGUCAAGGCGGAGAAUGCCUCUUCGUUGGUAGUCAUGACGUUUUAAAAGUUUAUGGCUGGGAACCAGGCAGAACGUUGGACACGAUACCCACCGGCUGGGGAAAGGUCCAAGACAUAGCCGUCGCUCAAAAUCAAUUGAUCGGCGCGAGUUUCCACACCGCGAAUGUUAUUUUAUACGUGUGUGACUUAAAGAAAAUUGCACCAUUAGGAGGAAUAUCUGCCGUCAGUUCGCCGUUCAGUCAUGGAAAUUCUCUGAGAAAGAGCUUCUCCAGAGAACGACCGAUCGGAUUGAAAAAGCAUACACUGGAUGUAAGAACGAUAGAAGAGGCGGACAAAUCCGGCACGGAUCCGGAAGAUGAGGCUACCUACGCGGAUAUACCCAACGUAACCGACUACAGGGACAUUUUCCAGCCGAGUAGGGCAUUGUCUCGCACACCACCUCCCGAAUUCUCCGAGGCUUUCCAGGAGCCUCAUGAUAUAGAUCCGACGCAGCCGCAGAUAUUACGAAAUCUCUCUACCUCAAUGUCGAACCUGAGCACAAUGGAACGCGAGGAAGUGCCACCGGUUUCAUUACCCUCCUCGCCACCUCCUCCGGCGCCCACGUUAUCCCUAAUGAAGCCGAUACCGGUACCGGUACGCGUUCAGCCAAUCAAGUCGUCGCCGCCGAUUCAGAGGAAUCCGAUCACAUCAACGAGCCAGAUCAGGGCAAAUCUACAGGCGAACAAUAGCCUUAACCAACGAGCCUCCAAGAACUGCGCGUCCAUACCACCGUUAAGGCAGAGCAUUACACCACUUCCGGGCAAAAGAGUAAGCACCACCGAUCAAGCAGUGCCGGCGGCACCCUUAGGACCGCAAAGAUCGAACUCGACCUUGACACCGCGCGUCGCGCCGAUGGCCGCGGUGAUUCCCGUGAUGGACGACGGCAAGUUAAAGAAUAGAGUACCUAGCCCGGAUUCUCCGAAGUAUUAUCUGAAAAGGCAGAACAGCAGAGACGGAGAACAGCAGGGAUAUGAAAGUGAUUAUCCUGUACAAAUUAAUAACAUAAGGCACAGUCCAUCCGAUCCCGCACUGAACAGGCCGAAUACCGCGCAGUCGAGGUCGACGUCGCUCAAUCGAAACUUUGCUACCUCAACCGUGCUGUCGGCGCGCAACACCUCCACAACCACGUUAUCCACGAAAAAGACACCUAACAAGGCGCAGAUUUCGCCGAAUCCCAAGGUCGACGUGCGCAUCUCGCAGAUAAGAAACAACGUCGAAGAGACGGACAAGGACGAACUAGUGCCGAUGAGCGCCGACAAACCUUACGGUUUGGACGUAGAAAAUUUCCUACCGCAAAGUUACACUGGUUCCACAUCAUUAGGUUAUUCUCAAAUGGGCGUGCUGACGGAAAUGUCGGAGGCCGAGGUGUUGAAUAGCAUGAUGCGCAGCCAUGAUUCGAUGAUGGCGGUACUUAAAAGUCGGCAUCGCUCAUUACAGAUCAUAUAUUCCCUUUGGCACAACAAAGAUCUCAAGGCCGCGGUGGAAUCUGCGGUCGCGAUGAAUGACUUAGCAAUCAUCGUGGAUCUCUUGGGUAUUCUGACAUUAAAACCAGCGAUGUGGAACUUGGAUCUAUGCAAUUGCUUAUUGGGUCCCAUUAACGAUCUCCUUCAAAGUAAAUACGAAAUGUACAUAACAGUAGCUUGCUCGGCCUUGAGACUUAUUCUUCGUAAUUUUGCACCAGUGAUAAAAUCCAACGUGGAAGCGCCCCUUCACACGAUCGGCGUCGACGUGUCGCGAGAGGAACGGUAUCACAAAUGCCUCUCUUGCUACGAGAAAUUGUCGGCGAUACGGGCGAUUCUGUUGAAGAAGCAAUCGACGUCCGGCAAACUUGGCGCCUCGUUCCGCGAGUUGGCUGUGCUCAUCAGGAACCUUGAGUGACCGAAACUGCGUCGUCUGAGACCCUCGUGAAUUCGACCGCCAAUAUCGUCGAUGGUCAACGACCGUCGGUUUCCUGAUGACGAGGGCCGCGCCGUGGCCGCCAUGACGGUGCGAAGCGAAUAUCGAGAAGCAGCAAUGAAGCUCGCCGUCGCCUCGUAUCGAGGAAUAUGUGUCUGUAAAAAUUCAUUCCUGUUGCUGUUAUUGCCGCCUUCUUCCGCUGCUAUCGAUCGAUCGCCUCCUCCUCGUCAUUGUCAUCCUCGCGGCUACGCCAAUUCUCGAAGAAAGCGAACAAAAUUGCGAGAUUUAUUCUUUACUCAUUUACCGAACGGCUGGACAAGUCGCGAAAUUUGUCGUCAUUGAUGGAAAAAGAGGGAGAAAGAGAAGGGGAGUGUCGGUGAAGGUAAGAAAAGAAAGAAGUUUGUUUGAAGAAAAACGGAGUUAGAUGAAAGGCGGGUAAAAGCGAGGAAAGGCACUGUCACCAAAAGUGUUUAAUGCUAUACUGAAGCAUCAGGAAGCGAUCUUAGUGGUUUUACAAAUAUAUAAAUUUUUCUGGGUAUUUUUAAAUAAUUUUUUUCUCUUUUAUAGUUAGCUCGAAUUAUAGUUUAAAUUAAAUUGUUUUUUAGAAGCUUUAAUCCAAUAAAUACCCAUUAUUUAUAUGGUAUUUUUAAUGCAAUAAAUAAAAAUAUACAAUGUAUAUCAAUUUAAAGAAUAAUUUAAUUUAAUUAAUUAAUCGAAGAAAAGUAUGAAAAAAUUAAAUUUGUUUUUUGCAUCAAAAAUACUCUUUUUUUGUCAACGUGUGUGUGCUAUUUAUUAUACGUAAAACGAUAGCAAGAAAAUGGAUCUUUUAGAUCCCGAUGCGUCAGUAUAUUGAUUUCCAAGUAUUCGCGUAGGGAUUGAGAUGAUCGAGAACAAUAUUUAACGAGCGUCGUUUUGCUCGACAAAAUAUCUGCGCAGCACAAAAUAAAGUUACACUGAAAUAAUUCGCGCGGAUCGCGUGGCCGAUAUAUUUUCCGCCCUUCUUGCCACAGAUUAUACACGAUCAUCGAACGUACGGCUGAAAUCAGUCUUAAUCACGGAGGGAUGAAACGCGACGACGAUCACAACUUUCAUUAACGAAACAUAACGUAAGUAGAUAGGUAGCGUGUAACAUACCUUUCUUAGCGUACGAGAGAAAUUGUAUUUUUGCAAGAAGCAUUUGCAUCCCUUCAUUAAUAAAGUAUUCUAAUCGUAGGCAUAUAAUA